AUUUUUCAACAAUUAUUUUUUAUAAAAAAUUGUCUGAAUUAGGACCCACAACACAGUGUUGGGCCCAGUAAGCUUAAUGGGCCCUUUCAGUCCAAACACACUUCCCAAGAGAAUACAAAACUCUCACAUCAUUUUUUUCCCUAUAAAAACUCUUUUCCCUUUUUGUGGGGUCUAGCAAAAAUCAAAAAUCAUCCCUAAAGCACACAGUACUACUUUUUCCCUCCAUUAAAAAAAAAACCCUAAAAAUGGGUUCAGAAUUGGUUGUUUCCGGUGGUAUUUCCGGUGCCGGAAAUGGUAGCGUUAGCUCAGAAGCAGAUGACAAAACUGCCCUUGCAGUAGUUCCGACGAAGAAGAAGAAUUCAUUGUCCGUUUCAUCUAACAAAGACAGGCACACAAAGGUCAAUGGAAGAGGACGGCGCGUGAGAAUGCCGGCGUUAUGCGCGGCGCGUGUUUUUCAGUUAACGAAGGAAUUAGGUCAUCGGACUGACGGAGAAACCAUCGAGUGGCUCCUCCGUAACGCUGAACCAGCAAUCAUAGCUGCUACGGGAACAGGUACGAUUCCGGCAACUCAAGUAACUACGACGGCGGAAAGCAUACCGUUGACUCAGUCACAACCGUCGGUUUUGUCUCCGUUAACCCGAGCUACGCCGGUUUCUGGAUUUCCAGUAGGUGGUGGAUUUUUCUCUAUGACUCCUCAAUCACAGCCGAAUUGCCGGCUUGAUUUGUGUCAACCGUCGUUGGAAUUUUCCGGGAAUGCGUAUCGGCAUAUGCCGUUUACGGCUUUGCUUCUGCAGCCGGUGACCUCCGAGGACGGCGACGAGAAAGUCGCCGGAGAAGAUGGGAAACAUUAGAUAUGGAUAAGUUUUAAUCCUUAUCUGUUUGUGCUAUAGAACAAUGGCAGCUUUUUUGGACUAAAUGUGUCAGUUUGUAGACUUUUUAGGUCCUGUUUUGCUAUAUCUAAAAGAUUAGAAAGGAUCAAAAGAGGGUCCAACUUUUUUGGGGUUUGGGGGGGAUUUUAGUAAAAUGCUAAUUUUUGAUAUAUAUUUUAUUACUAGUAACUUUCUUUUUGUAUUUGUAAAAAUUACUAUUGUUCAUGGAUAAGGAAGAUGUUGCAUUUACUCAAAAUGAUGUAAUGUUCUUUGAA